AUGGUAGUGAAUAGUGCCUUGGAAAAUAGCGGAGCAAAUCAAGAGACCAUUCAAAUCGAAAACUUAACAAACAAUAAUAUUGGACGAAAAGACGAUGAACAACUUUGUUCCACCGAAUUAGAUUUCGAACCAGUAGCAAAUCCAGAGACCAUUCAAGUCAAAAAAUUAACAACAGAUGACAAUAUUGGACAAAAACACGAUGAACAAUUUUAUUCCACUGAAUUAGACUCCGAAUUAAGAGCAAAUCAAGAGAUUAUUCGAUCCACUGAAUUAGAUUCCGAACCAAGAGCAAAUCAAGAGACCAUUCAAGUCGAAAAGUUAACAACAUAUAACAAUAUUGGACAAAAACACGAUGAACAACUUUGUUCCACUGAAAUAGAUUCCGAACCAAGAGCAAAUCCAGAGACCAUUCAAAUCGAAAACUUAACAGAUAAUAAUAUUGGACGAAAAGACGAUGAACAACUUUGUUCCACUGAAAUAGAUUCCGAACCAAGAGCAAAUCAAGAGACCAUUCAAGUCGAAAAGUUAACAACAGAUAACAAUAUUGGACAAAAACACGAUGAACAACUUUGUUCCACUGAAAUAGAUUCCGAACCAAGAGCAAAUCAAGAGACCAUUCAAGUCGAAAAGUUAACAACAGAUAACAAUGUUGGACAAAAACACGAUGAAUUAGAUUCCGAACCAAGAGCAAAUCCAGAGACCAUUCAAAUCGAAAACUUAACAGAUACUAAUAUUGGACGAAAAGACGAUGAACAACUUUGUUCCACCGAAUUAGAUUCCAAACCAAGAGCAAAUCAAGAGAACAUUCAAAACGAAAAGUUAACAACAGAUAACAAUAUUAGACAAAAACACGAUAAACAACUUUGUUCCACUGAAAUAGAUUCCGAACCAAGAGCAAAUCAAGAGACCAUCAUUCAAGUCGAACAAUUAACAACAGUUAACACUAUUGGACAAAAACAUGAACAACCUUGUUCCACUAAAUUAGAUUCCAAACCAAGAGCAACUAAAGAGCAAAAUAAAGAAAAUCUGCCCCCAUUGAUCACAUCGCCUUAG